GUUGUGAUAAAUGGGCCACGCCCACAUCCAUGUAUCAGUGGAGGGAGAGUGGUGAUCCCAUGCAAAAACUUUAAAGCCUCGUGUAUUUCACACAGUUUGCCAGGCAGUUGGGUCGCUUGUGAGGCUCGUUUUGAACAGUUUAUAACAGAUUGUUGGCCAAUUUGUGCUUUUCCUGACAUCUCUUUAAGCCCCCAGGCUCCCCCCAAAGAAGCCUACCGUACGGCAAUGGUGCUCUCUGGCGCAGGAGAUGCCCUUGGCUACCGCAACCAGCGCUGGGAAUACUGCACCUCAGGGCCUCAGAUCCACCAGGAACUUCAGGAGCUGGGGGGCCUCGGCAAGGUUCGGGCAGCCCUCCCUGACUGGCCUGUCAGCGACGACACUGUUCUGCACCUGGCGACGGCCGAGGCUCUGGCCACAGGGAAGGAAGGGGAGGAGCUGUUCCAGGAGCUGGCCAAACGCUAUGUUGAAGCCAUGAACGACAUGGAAGGGAGGAAGCCUGGGCCCACGAGCAUUCUGGGAACAUCUCAGUUGCGUCCAGGGGAGCCAAACGGAUAUCGCAUUCGCUUCAACCCUGGUGCCACAGGUUGUGGUGCUGCCAUGAGAUCCAUGUGCAUUGGGCUCAGGUAUCCUCGCCCUUCAGACCUGAGCACUUUGGUCCAAGUCAGCAUAGAAAGUGGAAGAAUGACGCACCACCACCCCACAGGUUAUCUGGGAGCUCUGGCCUCUGCUCUGUUCACUUCUUAUGCAGUGCAGGGCCUCCCCCUUGAGCGCUGGGGAGCUGGAUUGCUCAGGACCCUGCCCCUUGCUUUAGAGUACAUUCAGACUGCUGCAGCUGAGAGUGACUCCAAUGUGGGGGCCUGGGCUUAUUUCCAGGAGAAAUGGGAGUGGUACCUCUCUGAACGGGGCCUGGCUACGGGUCAGGGCCCUUGUCUGUUUCCUGCUGCCUAUAGUCCUGCUGAGCGUGACGUCAUCUACAAAACCUUCAGCCUGGACGGGUGGGCCGGACGGAGCGGUCACGAUGCCCCCAUGAUUGCAUACGACGCCUUGCUGGGCGCAGGGGAGAACUGGGAGGAGCUCUGUAGCCGUUCCAUGUUCCACGGGGGGGAUAGUGACUCUACAGGGGUGAUUGCUGCCUGCUGCUGGGGUCUGGCUCACGGUUUCAGAGGGGUCCCAGAAGAUAACCACAUAGCGCUUGAAUACCGAGACAGGAUGGUGGCUGCAGCUGAUGCCCUCUAUCACCUUGCCUGGGAACAGACUCCUGUUUGAAAGACCUUUAUGCUGUCUCUAGCAUCUAAGGAUGGACUCUAAUCUGUUGAUUUUGGUUUCUUCUCAAUCAUAAUUUCAGGUCUUCUCAUUUCCACACCAAUUUAUGAUCUGUGCAUGGCACAGUCCUUGUGAAAAUUAAUCAGCGUUUUAGUGAGAAUUUCACUUGAUACACGUCAUUUCCCCCAAUAGACACAUUUUUCUGCAAACAAUUUCCCUUAUUGUAAUGUUGCUUUUCACUAACACCCGCAUUUGUAUGUACACUUUGCCCUAAUAUAUGCAUUCUUGUACAUGUUACUUGGAUGGAAAACUGCAUUGCAAAAUUUGGAGAAGCACCAAUGUCCAAGGAUGGCUAGCUUUCAAUUUGCAUAUUGUUUUGGAAAGGGCAAAUUUGUUAACUUCGUCUUUAAAUGUGAACUGAAUCUAAUUUCUGCUCCAGCAUCCCAGGCCCCUGAGAGAGGCCCUGAACAUGAGCUGCAACAAGCUGAAAACUGUUCUUCACAGAAUAAACCGAGGCUGUGUUUGCA